UUGGUCCCUUUUCCGGUUGUCGCACAUGAUUGAGCGCGUUUUACGUAGGAGCCAUGUGUUUACACGUUUUCGCGAGUGUUAUGUGACAUACUUUUUAUUUUACGAAAUAGAAAUGAGUUCUCAGAAAGGCAAUGUAUCUCGAACACGUGCUCAGAAGCACAAGAACACGACUGCCUUUAAAAAUGAUAAAUACGGAGCCACCGCGCAACAGAAGAAAGCGAAUGAAAAGGUCCAUGAUGGUGUAUGUCAGCACUGCAAAGAAGUCUUGGAAUGGAAAGUGAAGUACAAUAAAUACAAGCCUCUAACACAACAGCGCAAGUGUGUGAAGUGCUUGCAGAAGACUGUGAAGGAUGCUUACCACAUCAUAUGUAAGCCCUGUGCUCUGAAGUUGGAACUGUGUGCCAAGUGUGGAAAGAAAGAAGAGAUCGUAAUUCCGUUAGCGACACCACAAGAGGAGACUGACGCCACUGACCAAGCAAGUAAAGGGGGCCAUAUGAAGCCUAAAGGAGACAAGGAUGCUGAAGACUUUGAUGACCUUGACAGUAAUUGUGACCUCUCAGAGGACGGUCUAGAGUAGAGGCAAAAGGUGCAGAGCAAGAACCAAUCACAAGCCCACAGUGUUUGAACACACAGGACUUAUACAGAGGUCAGGCACAGUGCCUGGGAUCCUUCCACUGAAAAGCCACAGGGGUUUAUGACUUCAGAGAAAGUAAGGUGUACGUAACAUGACAACUGAUCAUGUUCAUUCUCUACAUGUUGCUGAUGAAAUUUCCUGUGUUCUGUAAAAUUUACCAGUUUAUUUUUAUGUGUGAAACUACUUUUCCAUUGUUUUCUCACAAAUGAAAUUGUAUUUGAGUAUUUGCAUUCUCUUACUACAUUUAUUAGUUGACUGGAUGGCCAAAUGAUUAAAACUGGUCUCAUGGCAUAAA